UAUAAAACAGAUUUGGCAUUCCUUUGCGAUAGUCAAUUCGAUUUCAGAAUUUUAGUUGUUUUGUCUUUUUUUUUCACAUUUAAAUAAUCCCUUUUUAGCAUUUCUUCUUUAAUCUGCAUGCACAUCAAGAGUUAUUAUUUUACACUAAGGCUAUCUUCACACUAUAAUGCCGGACAGCUUGUCGUGCCGACACGAAAAGUUAUCCUGUGUACCAAUCUACUGUAUAACUCUCCACUUUAGAGAUCGGCGCAGCUUCGCCUCGUUACAGAAAUCGCGCCGAGAUCACCGUUCCGUGUGUGAAAUGAAGCCCUAUCCAGUAAAUGGUUUUCGUGCAGGCGCGAAAGAUAUCCGGUAUAAUGUGAACAUAGUCCAAUCAUAUUCAUUAUGCACUUUAAGUUUUUCAUACAUUGUGUUUAUUUGUUAAAGUUUUGUCUUCAAGAAAACAAUCCAGUGACCAAACACAUUACCUGCAUAGCUCCACCAAACUUAAAGUUCAUUUCAGCAUGUCACAAGCGCAGGAAGAGGUUAUUACCAUUAAUACUCUCGGAGAAGACAACGAAGAGCACGCCUAUGCAGUUAUAGAUGAGAGUAAGCGAAAAUCCAAGUCUGACCAAGAAGGUCCAUCCAGCUCCGAAGUAGGAGAAGUUCGACCGCCCUCAAAAGAUGAGCACAUUUCGGCAGACCAAUAUGUAUUGAAGGAGAAUACGGAGAGGUGUGAUAAAGGCAACGAUCGAGAGGAAAAGGGGCAUCACGUUUACGCCAACGUGCUUGUUAAAGAAAGUAAGGCGAUGUUUGGUAAAGCAUCAGUUUCUUGGGAUGAGAGCCUGGGCGUUACCUGCGCAGAAGAGAGUUCGACUCUGGGUGAGAAUCCUGUGGAGGAUUUGAAUCCUUUAUCUUUGGAACAAGGAAAGGAAAUGAACAGCAACGAGGCUACGAGUGAACAGGAUCCAAAUAGCAAAACUGAGUGCAACGAUCACUUUUAUGCAGUUGUUGACAAAUCAAAAAAGAAACGAAUGGCUCCUGAGGUGGGUACUUUUAACUACCCUAACUAG